UGUAUAUACAACUAGUUAACUAAAGACACAGAACAGCAUGGUCUGGAAGAUAUACACAAUGCGACCGUGGCGUUAAUACAUUACAGGGAUCUGAUAAUGAACAGACUGAUAUCCUGUGUAAGGGAAUACCCUGCCAGUUAGCCAUUUAAAAUAAAUUGUCAGUUCGAUACUUCGACCUCUAAUUACAUGCAAAAUAUCUUUCUUGGUGGUCAACAAGGAUGUUUUAGUUUUCAUAUCGAGGGAUACUAAAAGUACGGCGUUAUAUUUCUGUCAACACGACAUAACGAAUAUUGCAGUACGUCAACAAAUCAUUUGAAUGGAACAAACUAGCGGAAUUGCAUAGGACCUAAAUGAAAUCGAUGUUAUCAGAAUGUCAACGCAUACCAGUACAAAAUACCUCCUGAGGGGAUGUUACGUCCUGUUAAUGGUUACCGUAAUCAUGAUGACGUACAUAGUGUAUAACGUACGACUGUCCAUGACGUCACACUUUGCUGCGGGAAUAACUCACGUCAGAACCGGACAUGAAAACGAGACUCAACAUAGAAAUGGAUGUAACACAUGUAGGAAUACUGGAGCCAUGGUUCGUGCUCCAAACAAACAAGCUAAAAAGAAAUUGAUCCUAUUCUAUAAUCCUCUGCACUGGUGGAACGACUGGAUGGAGGGUAGGACAGAUAGCUCAGCCGUAUUCCAGAACUGUUCUGUACAAGACUGUACCCUUACCAAAGAUGUGACCAAACUAGCGGCCAGUGAUGCAGUUUUCUUCAAUAUGCAUACACUACCUAAUGUUCCUGAAAAACGUUUGGGACAGGUAUGGAUUUUCUCCGAAUUCGAAGCACCAGAAAAUUUUGCAGACAAAGAUGUACUAAAUAAGUUCAUGGGGAAGAUCAACUGGACAUUUACCUAUAGACGGGAUUCUGAUUUUCACAUUCCACACGGAAGAUUUGUUAAAAGGUCGCAGGUCCUGGACGAUGAUUUCAUGCUUCAACUGAAAUCAAAAGUACGGAGUAAAGUUGCCGUAGGCUUCAUAAGUCACUGUGGGACACCUUCAAGGCGUAUGGAGUAUGUCGAACAAAUUAAAAGAAGUGGUAUACACGUUGACAUUUAUGGAAAAUGUGGUGAACGGAAAUGUUACGGCAAAAAUAGACACAAGACAUCAUGGAACAUCACCCAGAACCACAAAAACAAAUGUUUCUCAGCAACUGUACCAACUUACAAAUUUUAUCUGUCGUUGGAGAACGCGCUAUGUCGGGAUUACGUUACAGAGAAGUCGUUGAAUUUGGUUUUGCGGUAUAACAUUGUGCCUGUUGUACGGGAUGGCGCUAAUCGUUCGCUAUACCAUCCACCAGGUUCGACCAUCGAUACAAAGAAAUUCCGGUCUGCAGUACAUCUCGGUAUAUAUCUGUCUGGUCUUAAUUCAAACAUGGCUGCAUAUCAGAAGUUUUUUAGAUGGCGGAAAUAUUUCUAUACUGAGGGAAUACUGAACAGUUGGAAUAAAGGGAUAUGCGACCUUUGUCAGCGUCUUCACAACGAGAACAAAUACCGCCGUAUCUAUGGUGAUAUAGCUGCGUGGUACAUAAAACCCGGCCAGCAACCUGCAUGUUAUAAACCGAAGGAUUUGUACAAUAAAUUCAAAUAAAUAAUAUAAAGACAUUGGAAUGG